ACCCCCUAAAAAUCUAAAAAUCAUUUGAUUAAAAUAUAAAACCAUGAAGGUGCAUAGCAGUACUUGUCUGUCUUUAAACAUACAAAACUUUGUAUUUAAAUUAUAUAUUUAAAUACAUUUGUCAUAGUCCAACAUGCCAGUGUGACUCACCAGGAAUCUGUGCAUGACCAAGGUCAUGAAUCAGAGACUAUAUGAGUCAGAAUCCCAGUCACAAUAUUCAUUUUAUUCCUAAUUUUCAGUCCUAGAGAAGCUCAUAAAGUUAUUAAUAAUAUUUGUGCAGAGCUCGUGGUUAUCUAAUUAUAAGAUAUUCGAGAUAUUCAGACAGUGGAAACAAGCCUCUCUGGGCUCUGCUCUGUUCAAACAUCUGUGGAACGAUUCAACGAUCAAAGAUCGCUGCUGAAUGUUUUUCUUCUCUGAGCCGGGAAAGUUUGACUAACCACCCUAAUAGAGACAUUUCAGUGUGUCCUUUCACUCAAUGCUUUCACAUUCUUCACAUACCAGUGACACAGUUAUGAUGAUACACACACACACACACAAGCGUGCACAGAGGUGGACUCGGUUAUCCACGAUGAAGCUCACAUUUGAUAACAGCAAAGUUUUAAUGACAGUGAAUAACCAAAAUUCAACUGCUGCAAAUAAAAUACGUGUAUCUUCACAUCAUACUACAGGAACAGGAACAAAAUGUGUAAAUGUGACUUAUUAUACAUAAAAAACAAGAUUAUGGACAUAUGUAACAAAAGUUUGGGCCUGAAUCAUGUUAAAGCCUUAGUUCCACAUUUAAGACUUCGAUUUGGCUUUGAAGGUUUGCAGAUUUAUAAAUAUUCAUGAGGAAAACAGAAUAUGUCCGUGAUGUGAUCUGAAGUAUGAGUGCCAUUUUAUUUAUUUUUUAAAAUCUUGCACACACAAUCAGAAAUAUAAAUCAACAAAAAUCUGUUCUGACGUAAAGAUGAGCAUUGCUGUUAAAUUAUGAUGUUCAGACUUUGCCUCAAAAGCCUGGAAAAGAACACGAGAUGAACUGUUUUAUUAAUAUUUACUGUGAUUUCUUUGGUGUUAUAUAGUAAAUGUUUUUGUAAGUGAUUUAUGAAUUUUGUUGUGGAUUUAUAAAUCUGGAAAUCUGGAUUAUAAAGGAGAAUUAGUAAAAAUCUUUACGACAAACAUCUUUUAUUUCAAACAGAUGAAUAAAAUGAAAAGUCCUGAGAACAUUCACCUAAUUUAAACUCACAGUUGAACCUGCUGCUGCUGCCCGUGCUGCACAAACAACAUUGUCCAGUGUUAAAGCACGAGGACAUAAACUCUCCUUCAUCCCUGCCUGAUUUGUCACUGACCUGCUUCUCUUGCUCUAAUGUUGAGCAUGGCGGUACAGCUGGAGGCACGAGAGCUGCUGUUAUUGUUUCAUCCGCUGUAUGUGUGAUUCUACAUACAGUAUAUAUAUGUGUGUGAGGAAGUGUCAUGCAUGAAGCUGAAUGGCUCCACUGUGGACUCAGUGCCCUGGCCGUACAGUGUCCAUGUUGGUGUGGGAGCCUGAGGCCUGCUCCCAUACAUCCCUGCUCUGGCUCUGUUGAUCCUAUUGUCUUCUGCGUCACCACACGUCGCCUGGCAAAUAAAGGCUGUCUGGCUCCAAGCUUAAAUAUUGCAGCAAACUAAAAACCAACCAUCAGCACCGAUUCAUUCACAUCUGCUCAGUGGGGCGACAAGGACGGGGCUUUAGGUGGGAUAGAGGGCAAAAAAAAGUUCACUUCUCCCUGCCGGGUGCCAAGAGAACGGGACAGGACUCAACUUCGCCGGAGCCGCAGCUGUGGCAAGUUGCCCAUUUGAUUACACUUAACCUAUAACAUACCUUACAGACGAGGGAACCAUUUGUUACUUAAUGAUCUCUUUUAAUCGUUUUUUAAUUUUUUUAUUCGGGAGUUAUUUGUGGAUUUUUUUUUUUUUUAAACAGCUAGUGCAGAGAGAUUUUUUGGUUUGCACCACUGUUAAAGUUCAAGAAAGUUCAUUUUGUUUACAUUGAGAACAAGCAGCCUUCUAAAAAGGCUGAAUCGAAAAGCUAAAACUUUAAUAUAACUCCUAAUGUCGAUUGUUUUUCAAUGAUUUAGAGUUGAAAUAGACUUUUACGCUACUCUUUAGAAGUUUUAAAAGCAGGAAAUUCUGGUUUAGGUUUAAUUUUUGACAAGUUUCUUUUUUGCAUUUCUUACUUUUGGCACUCUAUUCUCCUCCCCCUGUCUGUCCUGCCUACCCCACCCUCCCUUGUCUGUCUGCACCCUCUGUGUCCCAUCCUACCCCACCCUUCAUUUUGCAGUGCUACGGACCGAUCAUGGGUGACUGGAGCUUUCUGGGUAAUAUUUUAGAGGAAGUUAACGAGCACUCUACGGUGAUCGGCCGGGUGUGGCUCACGGUGCUCUUCAUCUUUCGCAUCCUCAUCCUGGGCACGGCGGCAGAGUUUGUGUGGGGCGAUGAGCAGUCUGACUAUGUCUGCAACACGCAGCAGCCUGGAUGUGAGAACGUGUGCUACGACGAGGCCUUCCCCAUCUCCCACAUCCGUCUUUGGGUGCUGCAGAUCAUCUUUGUGUCCACACCGUCUCUGGUGUACGUGGGUCACGCUGUGCAUCAUGUCCACAUGGAGGAGAAACGCAAGGAGCGUGAGGAGGCAGAACUUAGCCGGCAGCAGGAGCUGAGCGAGGAGCGUCUCCCUCUGGCACCCGACCAGGGAAGCGUCCGCACCACUAAGGAGACCAGCACAAAAGGGAGCAAGAAGUUCAGGCUGGAGGGCACCCUGCUGAGGACCUACAUCUGCCACAUCAUCUUCAAGACACUGUUUGAGGUAGGCUUCGUGGUGGGCCAAUACUUCUUGUAUGGCUUCCGCAUCCUGCCCCUGUACAAAUGCAGCCGCUGGCCAUGCCCCAACACGGUGGACUGCUUUGUGUCCCGCCCUACUGAGAAGACCGUCUUCAUCAUCUUCAUGUUGGCUGUGGCCUGCGUCUCGCUCUUCCUCAACUUUGUGGAGAUCAGUCACCUGGGCCUGAAGAAAAUUCGCUUUGUCUUUCGCAAGCCAGCCCCGGCCACAGCCCAAAUCGAGGCCUCAGCUCCUCUGCCACCACAAGGGAAGAGCCUCCCCUCCAUAGCUGUGCCCUCCCUGCAAAGAGUCAAAGGUUACAGGCUGCUGGAGGAGGAGAAAACUCCCCCCAUAACUCACCUCUACCCACUGGCCGAGGUGGGCAUGGAGGCUGGCAGAGGGGCCCCACCUUUCCAGGCGCUGGAGGAGAAGGCGGAGGAGGUGGUGCCCAUGGAGGACAUCUCUAAGGUGUAUGACGAGACUCUGCCCUCCUACGCCCAGACCACUGGGCCACCACAUGGGGUGAUAUUACACGAGGCGGAGCCCGAGCCCGAGGAGGUGCCGCCCGCAAUCGUGGAAGCAGAGAAGGUGGAGGUGGAGGUGGUGGAUGAGAUACCGGAGGUAGAGGAGGAGGAGGCGGUAAACGUGGAGGAGGAGGUGGUAAAUGUGGAGGAGGUAACUCAAGAGAAGGCAGGGACGGAGGCCGCCGAUACGAUAGAAGACACCAGACCGCUGAGCCGACUGAGCAAAGCUAGCAGCAGGGCCAGGUCAGACGAUCUCACUGUAUGAAC